AUGGCCGCAGCUCCUGCUUCUGCGACGCUCGCCAUCUGCGAAUCUCCUCCGCCCGAGGGCUCGCCCGCAAAGGCUGAAAUCGCGCUGGAGUCGUCCGCAACUCCCGGCCCCAGGUCCUCGACCCCGAUCCGCACCUCUAGUCAUGAUGUGACCGAUGCCCCGGAGGGAGCCUCCAUUCACACCACGGAUGGUCGUGUCAAGAACCCUGUGCCCAGCAAGCUCAAGGGCAAGGCCGACAACAAGAACGGCAACUUUGGCGUCAUGCACAUCGACAUAAAUAGCGCACAGGCCGCCCUGCGGAACGCUGCUGCAAAGCGUACGAGCGAGGAGACGGAGGCGGCAGCGAGACUGGCCAAUAUGCGCGGCUACCAAUCCAUCAAACGUAGCAAGCUGGCGUGGAUUCCGCCCACCGAUCCCGAUCCGCGCUCUUCCGCCCCGGCCUAUGGGGCUUCGCAAAAUGGCUAUCCGAGUCCCUCCUACCCUCUACCUGCCCGUAGCCUAGGGCCUUUGCCGCACGAGGCCAAGGCCGAACAGGCUCGGCUUCUCACCCUAUUACGCAGCUUGAAUCCCGUUGUCGUGGUGGACCAGCUGUGCAAAGCACUGGCAUACUUUGGGGGGAUCCCAGGCGCUCCUUCAUCGCACGAUUCGGGAUUUCCAGAAAGUGGACACAACAAUGGCCAGGGAUCUAUUUUCGUCGGCUGGGUCGCCGAGAUAUUCCCCCCGGUCGAAGGAAACCCUUCAGCUAUAGCACCGCAUCCGUCCCUCCAGAGCGAUAUAGUCUCUGCUGCCGCUGCUGCCGUAGCUGCUACCGUCUCAGACGUGCCCUCGUCAGCUCAACCUCCAACUCUAUCUCAUUCAGCAACCGCUCCCGCCGCUCCACCAUCCUCCACUGAUGCUGCAGUAGAACCUUCACAGCCCUCGGGAACGCAAGAUGCAGCUGGCACUCCUGUGAAAAGACCGCGGGGACGGCCAAAGGGGAGCAAGAGUUCCAAACCCCGAAUAGACAAAGGCAUCAAAAAGUCGGAUAUGGCACAUCACUCGUCCAGCCAGGUUGACGCUCUUGGCUCGCAUAAUAUGCUCCGCCUGUCCCAGACUGAGCCAGGAUCCAGCGAGCAACCUAGAAAUGGGCUUCUCAAUCCCUCGUAUCAUGCUGAUAUGCCAACGCAUCUUGACCCUGAUUCCAGUAUCAUGAGCACUCCGGGGACGGGCAAGAAGAGAGGUAGACCUAAGGGAUCUAAGAACCGACCAAAGAAUACCCCCGAAGCCGGCCAAGCGGGUGCGGACUCCUCCCACGGUCUGCUACCGACAUCGACAACCUCGAAUCCUGUUGCACCUUCUCCUUUAGCACACAAGACAACGGGGAGUCUGAAUAACAUUUCCUCCUUUGCGAACACGAUGCCGCCCAGGGCAGAGCAGCAACACCACCCCUCGCCCACGAUGCAGGAGAAUCCAGUAGCGCAACAUGGCGGACACAUGGCUAUGCGAGCCCCCCAGACAAGCCAAACAGGCGCCAUUCCGGGUGUGAGUAGUUGGGCUGGAUCGGGAAUGCAGUCAUUGGACCAAUUUCGCUCCAUCAACAAUCAUUCGCAUGUCAAGAAGAGAAAAGUCGGCGAUCCAGUGCAGCUUGCUAGGGAUUCACUAUCGGCAAUUGCAGGCCCCGAUGUCUCCUCGCAGAUUCGACACGGCGAUGAGGCGUCGUUACAGAUGGCCGCGUCUGAUCCAAAUACUAUGAAACGUCGGCGGGUAUCUAGAGAGUCGCUUCAAAACCCCAUGUUCAGCAAUAUCGAUUCUCAAUCCGGCCGCGUCGGCAUGAAUACGUCGCCCAUACUAAACAAUUCCUACAAUAGCAUCUCUCAAGUCAUGGCCACCAAUAAUUUUGAUAACCAGUUGGCGAGCGCCGCAGUUAGGAAAGCCUCGAGCCAGCAGCAUCUACAGCAGCAACAUCACCCGCAGCGAUCACCAACGCAACCUCAGAGUCAAAACCAGAACCAGCCACUUCAAACCCAGCAACAGCCGCAGCAGUUUACGUCUCAAAGACCUCAGCAGCAGAACACGGGGAUGCGCCCUCCGCCGCAACUUCAGCAAGGUGGACACAUGCCACCAGGGGCCCCGAGACCUAGAGGGCCAGGCCAAAUGUACGGAAAUAGCCCAACGAAUAUGGCCUCGCAAGGCUUUUAUCCUCAGACAAGGCAGCUACCAGGCCAGCUAGGGCACGUAGCCGGCGGCGGCAGCUUUGCUAGAGGCACGAGCAGCGGCCAAGCAUCACAGUUUGCAUCUUCCAGCAUGGCGAGGCAAACCUCGGACGAAGCUCGCGCCGCCAGCCUGUCUCAACAAGCGUCUCUGGCCAUCUCGCGGAGCCAGCAGGGACAGCAGCAAGCCGCUACGGCUCGCCACCCGUCUUCCGGCUUCACCAACGGCCAACAAGUUCCCGCAACUUCGGCAUCAGCACCCACGACGUCUAGCCUGAGCCAGUUCCAAAGCUUUGCCGAGCACAGCUAUCUCGACAUGGAUUACGGCCUCAACGAGCGCGACGUCCAAGAUGCAGCCGCUGCAUUUGGCGACUCCACGCAGCUUGAAGCUGCGCUGGCCGAACCGAAUAUGAGAGAGAGGCUGUACCAGGCCAUGGCUAACCGCCAAUAA